AAGGCCAUUAUUGGACUGUACGUCCUCAAGGCUGGGAAUUGAGAUGUGGUCCAGACAUUACUUAAUAUUUGGCCAAUAAUUCAACAGCUGCAAUUUAUCUAUUGUCCAUUGUUAGUCAUGGCCUCCUAAUUCUUCCUCUAUCCUCCCUAGCUGAAUUUCAUUCUCUUGAAAAAUCAAGAAUAUAGUUUAUACAUAUAUAAACAGAGAUAUUCAGAAUCAACGUUGUACAUAUCAAAAUGGAAGCACCAUCAUCACAAAACAAUGAUAAUAUCACAUCCCCUCUCCUAUCUAAGAAGAAUGAUUCAGAGGAAAAUUCUCCCAUCAAACAAGUGGCUCUAACGGUGCCAACAACAGAUGACCCUUCUCUACCAGUUCUAACAUUCCGAAUGUGGGUAUUAGGAACCCUUUCAUGUGUCCUAUUAUCAUUCCUAAACCAGUUUUUCUGGUACAGAACAGAACCUCUCACUAUUACAGCCAUUUCUGCUCAGAUUGCUGUUGUUCCUUUGGGUCAACUCAUGGCUUCAAAAAUCACAAAACGUGUUUUCUUCAAAGGAAAAUCAUGGGAAUUUACGUUGAACCCUGGUCCUUUCAAUGUCAAAGAACAUGUUCUUAUUACUAUUUUUGCUAACUCUGGUGCUGGCACGGUUUAUGCCAUACAUAUUGUUACCGCUGUUAAAGUCUUUUACCAUCAACAUAUAACUUUUUGUGUUUCUUUUCUUGUAAUAAUCACCACUCAGGUAUUAGGUUUCGGAUGGGCUGGUAUAUUUAGAAGAUAUCUGGUGGAGCCAGCGGCAAUGUGGUGGCCAGCAAAUUUAGUUCAAGUUUCACUCUUCAGGGCUUUGCAUGAGAAGGAGGAAAGAACAAAAGGAGGCUUAACACGUUCUCAAUUCUUCGUUAUAUCAUUUUUGUGCAGCUUUGCAUACUACGUUUUCCCUGGUUACCUUUUUCAAAUGUUAACCUCACUCUCUUGGAUAUGUUGGGUAUUUCCUCAUAGUGUAUUGGCCCAGCAGCUUGGGUCGGGCCUAAAGGGUCUCGGCAUCGGUGCAAUUGGGCUUGACUGGUCUGCCAUCUCAGCUUACCUUGGAAGCCCACUUGCAAGCCCAUGGUUUGCAACGGCCAACGUGGCAGUUGGAUUUGUGUUUGUUAUGUACAUUCUCACUCCAUUGUGCUAUUGGUUCAAUGUUUACAAUGCCAAAACAUUUCCAAUUUUCUCUAAUCAACUUUUUACUUCAAAAGGUGAGAUUUACAAUAUCACAGAAAUAAUAGACUCUAAUUUCCAUAUGGACCUUGCUGCUUAUGAAAAACAAGGAAGAUUACACCUCAGUACUUUCUUUGCUAUGACCUAUGGUGUUGGCUUUGCUGCACUUACUGCUACCAUUGUGCAUGUUGCUCUCUUUCACGGAAGAGAAAUAUGGGAGCAAAGCAAAUCAAGUUUUAAUGAAAAGAGCAUGGACAUCCACACAAAGCUUAUGAGGAGGUACAAACAGGUUCCUGAGUGGUGGUUUGUGUGCAUACUCAUUGCAACCAUUGCAACUACCAUUUUUGCAUGUGAAUAUUACAAUGAACAGCUACAAUUACCUUGGUGGGGUGUUCUGUUAGCAUGUGGCAUUGCUAUCUUCUUCACCCUCCCCAUUGGUAUAAUAACCGCAAUCACAAACCAGAGUCCAGGGCUGAACAUAAUCACGGAGUACAUCAUAGGAUAUAUCUACCCUGGAUAUCCUGUAGCUAACAUGUGCUUCAAGGUUUAUGGUUACAUUAGUAUGACACAAGCCAUCACUUUCUUGCAAGACUUCAAACUAGGCCACUACAUGAAAAUCCCUCCUAGAACCAUGUUCAUGGCACAGGUUGUGGGAACACUAAUUGCGGGUCUAGUGUAUUUAAGCACUGCAUGGUGGUUAAUGGAAAGCAUACCAGACAUAUGCAAAGACACAUCAUCUGUUUGGACAUGUCCAGGUGACACAGUAUUCUACGAUGCAUCAGUUAUUUGGGGCUUAAUUGGUCCAAGAAGAAUCUUCGGAAACUUAGGAACCUACGAGAAUAUCAAUUGGUUCUUCCUAGGUGGAGCCAUUGCUCCUUUGUUAGUUUGGUUAGCUACAAGAGCCUUUCCACAACAAGAAUGGAUUAAACUCAUCAACAUGCCUGUGUUGAUAGGUGCUACUGGAAUGAUGCCACCAGCUACAGCAGUGAAUUACACUAGCUGGAUCAUUGUUGGUUUUUUGUCUGGUUUUGUUGUGUAUAGGUAUAAGCCAGAAUGGUGGCAGCGUCAUAAUUAUGUGUUGUCUGGUGCAUUGGAUGCUGGUCUUGCUUUCAUGGGUGUGGUUUUGUACCUUUGUUUAGGAUUAGAGGAAAUAAGUAUUGAUUGGUGGGGAAAUAACCUUGAUGGUUGUCCUUUAGCUCAUUGUCCAACGGCCAAAGGAUUUGAGGUUCAAGGUUGUCCUGUUUUCACUUGAUUAGAGUGAGGUUAAAUGUACAUUGUUAGUUAUUGGUUAGCUGAAUCAACAUUGUAUUUAAGUCUGUAAAAGUAAAAUGUAAAUAUUUUGUCAUUUAUGAUCUGUAAAAUUGUAAUAAUUGUGUGGAUGCUUUAACUUUUUAAGCUCCAAGCCCUGCAUAGUUCAUUCAUCAA